AUGCCGCUUAAAACUUAUCUAAUAAAUAAAACAAACAAUAAAAAAUUUCGACUUGAUGGUAUUUUACGAUCGAGACGUUUACCAGAUAAAAAUCAACUAUGUCAAAAUUUUCGUCAAUAUAUGGUCUUAAAAGCUAAUGAACUUCCACCAAAAGUUGAUCUUCGAUUAAAUAUGACACCUGUUGAAGACCAAUCAAAAAUUGGAAGCUGUGCGGCUAACUGUCUUGCUGGAGCUUAUGAAUAUUUAACAAAGAAAUCUAAUGGUCUUAAUACAGAUGUCAGUCGUUUAUUCAUUUAUUAUAAUGCACGAGUUAAAGGUAAAUACUCGGAUUUAAUCGACGAUACUGGUUGUUCGAUGACAGAUGCUAUUGAAGCAUUAGAAGAAUUUGGUACAUGUCUCGAAUCAAUUUGGCCAUAUGAUAUAUCACGUGUUAAUAUGCGUCCUAAUGAUGAAGCUUAUCAACAAGCAAAAAAUCAUAAAAUACAUGAAGCACUUCGAGUUGAUAUUGAUUUAACUGAAAUGAAAUCAUGUCUUGCACAAGGUUUUCCAUUUGCAUUUGGUUUAGAAUUACUUAGUUCAUUUGAUAAAGCAACAAAAACAGGUAUUGUACCAAUGCCAAAUCCAUCAGAUAGUAACAGAGAAUCACAUGGAAGUCAUGCAAUGCUAGCUGUUGGUUAUAGUGACCAGUCAAGAGCAUUUAUCGUUAGAAAUUCAUGGGGGGAAGACUGGGGUGAUAAAGGAUAUUGUUAUAUUCCAUAUGAUUAUAUGACUAAUUCAGAUUUCUGUUUUGAUGCAUGGACUAUUCGAAAAUUGACGAAUAAUAAUUUUGGUCAAGAUCAUUGGUCUUUUAAUGAUGACGAUGAUUAUCUUGAUGAUCAUCAGAAUUAUUAUUCCGAUAAUACUAAUGAUGAUAAUCAUGUCAUUGAAACAUUGAAUGAAAAUGAUGAUAAUGAUGGUAACAAUAAUGCAAAUUAUGAAGUCAAUCAAGAUACUUGGUGGCAUGAUAAAAAUCCUCAAGGUGAUGAAUAUGAUUAUUCAGAUCCAUAUCAAGAUGAUGAAAGAAAUGACUAUUCAACAAAUGAUGUUAAUUAUUAUAAUAAUAACAAUCAAUAUAAUCAGGAUAGUUAUGUAAAUGAUGAUUUCAAUUCGGAUAGAAACUAUUCAUAUACACAGAACAGUCAGUAUUACAAGGACAGAAAUUAUUAUGGUGAUUUUUCAGAUUUUAAUUAA